GCUUACUUUGCAGUGCAAAGUGAGCAUCCUAAGCGAAUAGUUUACGAUCAUACUCUUUGGACCCUCUCAUUCCUCAAUUCUCCACGCUUUGGUUCACAGUUCGCGCUAUUUGGAAUAGAAAAAUGCCAGCUCCUUUCAAGUGUUUGCUAGCUUCGGCGUUGGCUGUGAGUGUCGUCAAUGGCCACGGCUACAUGACGGACCCGAAGGUGAAGUUCACUGCUCAGGCAGGCGAUCCGACACAGUUCAUCGGCUCUAUCCAGGCCUCCGACUCGGGUUUCAGUGGCACUUUUAACGGUGCUCCAAAGGACAAUGUGGCAGCUUUCACCAAGGCAUUUACGUCUAGCAAGUACAAAUCUCUCAAGGAAUAUGUCACUGACAAGGCCAAGAUCAUCGUAAGUGGUGCCACCCUCACUUGCGGCUCUUGUGAUCCGAAGCAAGAACCACAGCCCAUGCCCAAGUCCACUGUGGAGUGGUCGCACUCAGACUCUGAGGGUUUCACUCCCUCGCACGAAGGACCAUGUGAGGUGUGGUGCGACGACGUCCGUACGUUCCAGGACGACGAUUGUGCCGCCCACUACACUAUGGUCCCUGCUGAGAUGCCUUUUGAUCGGGAUGCCUGCAUGGGUGCCAGUACGCUUACGUUCUACUGGAUGGCCAUGCACUCGUCAAGUUGGCAGGUGUACGUCAACUGUGCCCCGCUCGCGAAGACCACCUCUACCGGCGCUAAGUCAAAGUAUGAUGUGGGUAGCACUUCCUCAACGGCACAGUCGAACAGCACAUCUAGUGCGUCAAGCGAUACCCCCUCCACCCCGACUGCUGAGGCCCCCACGACCCCCUCUACCCCGUCCUCCGGUAGUUCUACUUCGUCAACCACGGCACCCUCUACCCCGUCGGAGACUACCGCUCCGUCUUCGCCUUCUCCCACUAACGCUCCGUCGCCAACUGACGCUCCGUCGGCACCUUCACCUACUGACGCUCCGUCAACACCAUCGACCACUACUGCUCCUACCACGGACGAGUCGGACUGUGGCUCGUACGAUGUCGCCGGCUCCGACUCGGACUGCGGUUCGUAUGAUGUCGCCGGCGGCGGUUCCGAAUCGGAUUGUGGUUCGUAUGAUGUUAUGGGUAGCGAGUCGGACUGCGGAUCGCUCGACGUUGCUGGAAGUGGAGAUGUCAAUCAGGGUGCUGGUUCGCAGACGAACUUUGACUUCAGUACGAUGCAGGGCGCGGCUGACGCUGGCACGGUGGCGCCGUACAAGUAGAUGAAGGAAUUUGUGGACAACUGGAAUCUCAAUGUUUAGUACCGUUAGCAUAAACUUGUGACUAAACCUCGAAGCCACAAUAACCAAUAUACGUGUGAAUGUUCAAGUGUGAA